AUUAAAAAAAUUAUCGAAAUCGUCUCUUUGCACGACUCCAUCUCUCUCUAUCUCUCACUCGACCGACAUCGUCAUCCCUCCAUUUGGUCUCCUGUUAACUUCAUAUAUCUAACUAUUUUUUAGUUAAUUCCUUGGCUUCGGAAAUACUAUAACUAAACGAGGCAUAAGCAAUUAAGGAACCUUUUAGAUCUGAGAACUCCCUCUCCUCUCCCCGUCUCUCAGAUCCAUGGCUCGUUUUUUUCUCUUUUCUUUACUUGUUUCUCUUCUAUUUUCUAUUUCUUUCGCCGAGAUCAGAUCCUCCGAUAUCCGAUCCGAUGACCGCCCGAUUAUCCCCUUCGACGAGUUCGGAUUUACCCACAAGGGUCAACUCGAGCUCAAUGUCUCUCAUAUUCAGCUUUCUAACCAGAAUCCGGAUCUCGAUCUCUCCAGGAUCGGAUUCUUCCUCUGCACCCGCGACUCUUGGCUCCACGUUCUCCAGCAGCUCGAGGACGGGGAGAUCACUUGUGCUCUCCAGUCGGACCUCAUCAAGCACGUCUACACCUUCAAUAAGCUCCAAAAUGGUCAGACUAAUUUCACCGUUAUCUUCCUUGAAAACGACGCUGAUCAGCAUACUCUCGUUUUUGCCAAUUGCUUGAGCUCGGUCAAGGUAUCCAUGGACGUCAAAUCGGCUAUGUACAAUCUCGAAAGGAAUGGCAACCGUGAUUAUCUUUCUGCUGGCAAGACGAUUCUCCCUAGGGUUUAUUUCUUAUUCUCCCUCAUUUAUUUUAUUCUCGCGGGAUUAUGGAUUCACGUUCUGUAUAAGAAAAGACUCACUGUUUUUAGGAUCCAUUUCUUCAUGCUGUCGGUGGUUAUUUUGAAGGCUUUGAAUUUAUUAUGUGAGGCAGAGGAUAAGUCUUAUAUCAAGAAGACUGGUAGCGCGCAUGGAUGGGAUGUGUUGUUUUAUAUGUUCAGCUUUUUGAAGGGGGUCAUAUUAUUUACUUUGAUUGUGUUGAUUGGGACCGGAUGGUCGUUUUUGAAGCCCUACUUGCAGGACAAGGAGAAGAAGGUUUUGAUGAUCGUAAUUCCUCUCCAGGUAGUGGCAAAUAUUGCUCAGGUGGUCAUCGAUGAAACAGGACCCUAUGGGCAGGAUUGGAUCACCUGGAAGCAGGUGUUUUUGCUGGUCGACGUUGUGUGCUGCUGUGCCGUCUUGUUCCCCAUUGUUUGGUCCAUUAAGAACUUGCGCGAGGCCGCUAGAACGGACGGGAAGGCUGCUGUGAAUUUGAUGAAGUUGACUCUGUUUAGGCAGUAUUAUAUCGUGGUAAUCUGCUACAUUUACUUUACCCGUGUGGUCGUUUACGCUUUGGAGACUAUUACUUCGUAUAAGUUUCUAUGGACUAGCGUGGUUGCUGGAGAAUUGGCUACAUUGGCAUUUUAUGUGUUUACCGGGUUAAAGUUUAAGCCUGAGGCACAUAAUCCAUAUUUUGUGAUUGAUGAUGAGGAAGAAGAGGCUGCAGCAGAGCAAUUGAAGCUGGAAGAUGAGUUCGAGUUGUAAUUGCGUUAGAUAGCUAUAGAGGAAGAUGCUGUGCCAAGAAAUUGAGAACAUUGAGAUAGAUACCUGAUAAUUGCUUCAAUGAUCGGGUCCUCAUGAUCAUUUUGACUGUUAAGAGGGGUAAAUGUGACUGUUUAUUAUGUGCUUCUUUUUAUGUUCUUGUUGAUCUACUAUGUUUUUGAACUUUCAAGUUAAAAUAGUAUAGUCUGAUAAAUUUUCAUCUGUCAUUGAUACUCGAUAUUGGGUACUGUAUACGUUCUGAAACUAAAUCUUUUCAACAACUACUAUGGCAAAUGGGUUGUGUUUGUACUGGUUCCUUGCUA